AGAAGAAUGGAAAAGAAAAAUUGCUCCUCAGUUACUGAAUUCUUUCUCUUGGGAGUUACCAAAAACCCUAGGAUGAAGGUGACCCUGUCCAUCACAUUUGCACUUGUUUAUCUCACUAGCCUUCUGGCAAAUCUCGGAAUGAUCACUUUAAUCAGACUGGAUCCCCGGCUGCACACCCCAAUGUACUUUUUCCUCAGUCACCUCUCAUUCUGUGACCUCUGCUACUCCACUGCAGUUGGACCCAAGAUGCUCGUGGACAUGUUUGCUACACACAAGUCAAUUCCCUUCUAUGGCUGUGCUCUGCAGUUCUUAAUCUUCUGUAUCUUUGUUGAUUCAGAGUGUCUACUGCUGGCAGUGAUGGCCUUUGAUAGGUACCAGGCCAUCAGCAACCCCUUGCUCUACACAGUCAACAUGUCCAACAAGGUGUGUUCCCUGCUCAUGGCUGGGGUUUACCUGGUGGGAGUGACAGACGCAUUGCUACACACCACGUUGACAUUUCGCUUGUGUUUCUGUGGCUCUAAUGAGAUCAAUCACUUCUUCUGUGAUGUCCCUCCUCUGCUGUUGCUAUCAUGCUCAGAUACUCAGGUCAAUGAGUUGGUGAUCUUCACUGUGUUUGGAUUCAUUGAACUGAGUACUAUCUCAGGAGUUCUUGUCUCUUACUGUUACAUCAUCUUAUCAGUCCUAAAGAUGCCCUCUACUGAGGGAAGGCUCAAAGCUUUCUCCACCUGCACCUCCCACUUAACUGCAGUUGCCAUUUUCCAGGGAACUAUGCUCUUCAUGUACUUCAGACCAAGUUCUUCCUACUCUCUAGAUCAAGACAAGAUGACGUCACUGUUUUACACCCUAGUGAUCCCCAUGCUGAACCCUCUGAUCUACAGCCUUCGGAACAAGGAUGUGAAACAAGCCCUGGAAAAGCUGAAAAAACAUAUUUGUUAA